UGGAAUCUACCUACCUAAUUCCUAAUCAGUGUUUAGUUUUUCGUGUCAGCUAGCGAAUACUCUGAGUAAAAAAUACCUAAUUACGAUGGUUAAGUCUAUUAAAAACGAAGUACAUUUUAUCUUAGUUGCUUACGAUUCUAACCAUUAUGUUGCGUGAUAAUUAUGCUGGAUUCACGGCUGCUCGUUCUAGUCGCGACACACAACCUCAUAGUUAUGGUUGUAAACAAACUAGGUACUAAUUAGAACUGUAAAAUUAAAUAACUUUUAUGGAGUCCGCCUUCAGUGUAAGUGCGUAUACUUUUAAAACAUAGAAAUCAAGUAAAAAUAUAAUGAAAAAGUGGACUUUGUGAGUGAAGGCGGUACCUGAUAUUUCCGUAAAAUGGCACUAUGGUCGCUGCCGGACGGAGUAGCGAUGGACCCGCUAGCCCCCGCCGCCCUCGCGGUCUCCACCGAGUUCAUGGACCGCAUCGGAAGUGGACUCACCCUGCUAAGGGACCACGGGAAGAAAGUGCAAAAGUAUGUGUUUAAAAACAGGAAGUUCGAAGUGAUAAAGAAGUCUUCGUGGAGGUCUGUGGUGAACAUAGUGCUUGUGGAUGCCAAGGACCUGCCCGACAGUCCCGACAGCGGCUCCAACUGUGUUUACUGCAAGUUUCGGCUAGGCAACGAGUCCCACAAGUCCAAGCAAGUGCCGAAGACGACGCGGCCAACAUGGCGCGAGAGGUUCAACAUGUACGCGUACGACGACCACAGCCUGGAGCUCACUGUGUGGCACAAGGGGAAACAGAAGAACUUCAUGGGAAGAUGCACGCUCGACCUGUCUCAACUCGAGCGAGAGAGGACGCACGAGCUGCAUCAGGAGCUGGAGUGCGGAUUCGGGUCCGUCCACCUGCUGGUGACGGUGGGCGGCGCGGCGCAGGCGCUGCGGCUGGACAGCGUGCCCACCAACGCCGUGCGACAUGUCACCGCUGAUGAGGAGAAGUUUGCAUGGUACCGUCUGGCGGACUGGGCGGAGGUGGGCCAGCUGACAGUGACGGUGCACGGGGCCCGGGGCCUCGCCUCUGGGCUCACCGGCGCCAGCGCCUACUGCGUCAUGGAGCUCGACAACUCCCGGGUCCAGACGCAUACCGUUAAAGGAACUACGGAGCCGAAUUGGAAUAAGACUUAUACUUUCGACAUCAGCGACAUCACCUCAACGGUGGACAUCGCGGUGUACGAUGAGUCUACGUAUACUGCAAAGGAGACGCUCGGGAAGCUCUCCAUCCCUCUGCUGAGGAUCAACAACGAGGAGAAGCGAUGGUACGCGCUGAAGGACAGGACGAAGAAGGGCAGCGCGCGGGGCAACUGUCCGCGGAUACUGCUGGAGAUGAGCGUCACCUGGAAUCCGAUAAAAGCUUCAGUGAGAUUGCUGAGUCCAAAGGAAACUAAAUACGUUCAGAAACCUGCCAAAUUCGACAUUCCAUUAAUUUAUAGCAACUUGAAAUUCAUAAAAGACGUCUUCAACGCAAUUUGCGUCGGCAACGAGUACUACAAGCGUGUGUUCGAGUGGGAGAACCGUGAAAAGUCGGCGCUGGCCCUGAUUGGCUGGCUGGUGUUCUGGUACUACGUGCGCGCGUGGAUGUUACCGCUGCUGCUGUUAGCUCCCUUCCUCUACAACUGGACCGGACGGAGGACUUGCAAUAAUACUUAUUCAGAGACUUCAUUACAAAUUGUAGAAGAAAACGACGAUGACGAAUUAGAAUCACACAAGGAUGACAAAACGAUAAAGAACCGCGUGCUCGGCCUGCAAGACCUCACGUUCACCAUCAAGAACGGAAUAGACUACAUUGUCUCCCUUCUGGAGAGGUUAAAAAAUGUGAGUAACUUCACGGUGCCGUACCUGAGCUAUGUGGUGAUGCUGGCGCUGGCGGGCGCCGCGGCCGCGCUCUACCUCGUGCCACUCAACUACAUCCUCAUGGCUGCAGGUGUCUACAAGUUCUCCAGAAAGUUCUUCCGGCCCGAGAGAGAGCCUAACAACGAUAUAUUGGACUUCCUAUCGCGAGUUCCUGAUAAUGAGAUUUUAAAAGAAUGGCGUGAACUGAAGGUGCCAGAGCCAGUACUGAGCAGAGCGGGCUCCACCAACUCAAGGAAAACUAGCUAGUGAAUAAUAAAACUUAUUUAUUAUUUAAUUUACAAAAAAAACUGAGUACAACUAAUCGGUGAUUGUGUAGAAUAGUCCUUCUAUUGUGAUUGUAGCGGAUGGUGGAUAGUGUGGUUUCAAAUUUAUAAAAAUGAAGGUAGUAAAAGAAAGUUAUAUCCUGUAGGUAAGUACAUAAGCUCAAUAGUAUGUGAAUCUCAUUAGAUUUAACAUGAACCUUCUAUAGUUUGUGAAUCUCAUUAGAUUUAAAAUGAACCUUCUUAAGGCUAUUAUAUUGAAACUAAUAAUAUAAUUGUACUAUAAGUUGGUAAAUGGCUGAACUGUAACCUGGUUUUGUUGAUUGUUGAUCAAAAUUUGUUUACUUUUCAUUGCAUUUGUCAUAUUUCACCAAUGAACAAUAAUCCAGGAGCCUAAAUUAAAGCCCAUUUAAAAAAAAUCGAUUCUGAACCAUGUUAUAAUGUUUGUUACCCACAUUGUUUGCUUCCCGCAUAGGUAUGUGGAACUUGCCUUAUAAAGGUGCCAUAGCGCCGGACGACACGUCGCCGUCUGUUGCAACGUCAUGUCGUCCUCCGCCUAUUGGCACCUUAACUGUCCUUAACUCUACCUUAGUAUGUAGUGCCAUAGUCUUGCUAAGGGAUCUAAUUGUGAUGUUAGUCAAUAAGUAGUCAUAAGUAGUUUAAAUACUUAAAUUAUAUUUUUUAUAAAAAAUAAACUUUUUACACAACUA